GCUGGGGGGAGAGAGCCCGAGAGCGGGGUUCGGUGCCUUUUCCUCUGUCCCCAGCCGGUGCCCGUAGCCCCCCUCCCCUUCCUCCCCACCCCCUCCCCUCCCCGGCCCUGCCCUCCCCCUUGUCCCGGGAUCGCUCCGUCGCACCCACCAUGAUGGAAGACGACGGGCAGCCCCGGACUCUACAAGGACUGCUACAUCUUCCUAGGUCUUACCCCUGCAGCACUUAGUUCACUGCCUGGAACGUAAGAGACACACACAAGCUAAGACAUAUGGUUCUAUCAUCAGAAAACAAUAUGGUGUUUAUAGCCUAGAUACGUAGGUAACCUCUCCAGAGAUGUGACAGAAGUUCUUAUUCUUCAGUUAUUCAGUCAGAUUGGACCCUGUAAAAGCUGUAAAAUGAUAACAGAGUCAUGGGAUACAGUUUAUGAAGGAUUAUGAUGCAUAAAUAGAAUUCAUCCCUUUGAAAAUAAUGUUGGGAGAGAAGAGCAGUGCAACCCGAUAGCAGAAGGGUCAACUCUUCUGUUGGAUUUUCUGUUUUGCAGCAUACAAGCAAUGACCCAUAUUGCUUUGUGGAAUUUUAUGAACACAGAGAUGCAGCUGCUGCAUUAGCUGCUAUGAAUGGGAGAAAAAUUUUGGGAAAGGAGGUCAAAGUAAACUGGGCAACAACACCAAGUAGCCAGAAAAAAGAUACUUCCAAUCACUUCCACGUGUUUGUUGGGGAUUUGAGUCCAGAAAUUACAACAGAAGAUAUCAAAUCAGCAUUUGCCCCCUUUGGUAAAAUAUCGGAUGCCCGAGUAGUUAAAGACAUGGCAACUGGAAAAUCCAAAGGCUAUGGCUUUGUAUCUUUUUAUAAUAAACUGGAUGCAGAAAAUGCAAUUGUGCAUAUGGGAGGUCAGUGGUUGGGUGGUCGUCAAAUCAGAACCAAUUGGGCCACACGUAAACCACCUGCACCUAAAAGUACACAAGAAAAUAACACUAAGCAGUUGAGAUUUGAAGAUGUAGUAAACCAAUCAAGUCCAAAAAAUUGUACUGUGUACUGUGGAGGAAUUGCUUCUGGGUUAACAGAUCAGCUUAUGAGACAGACAUUCUCACCAUUUGGGCAAAUUAUGGAAAUCAGAGUUUUUCCAGAGAAGGGCUACUCAUUUGUCAGAUUUUCUACCCAUGAAAGUGCGGCCCACGCCAUUGUUUCGGUGAAUGGUACUACAAUUGAAGGACAUGUUGUUAAAUGCUAUUGGGGUAAAGAAUCUCCUGAUAUGACUAAAAACUUCCAACAGGUCGACUAUAGUCAGUGGGGCCAGUGGAGCCAAGUUUAUGGAAACCCACAACAGUAUGGACAGUAUAUGGCAAAUGGGUGGCAAGUACCACCUUAUGGAGUAUAUGGGCAACCAUGGAAUCAACAAGGAUUUGGAGUAGAUCAAUCACCUUCAGCUGCUUGGAUGGGUGGAUUUGGUGCUCAGCCUCCCCAAGGACAAGCCCCUCCCCCUGUAAUACCUCCUCCCAACCAGGCUGGAUAUGGCAUGGCCAGUUACCAAACACAGUGAGCUGGGACUCUAAACAAAAUGUAAUUCAUGAUAGCUUCAAUUUCCUUGUGACACUCUGAAGACAUGAAAGUAGACAUCGGAAAAUGAAAAUAUUUAUUUUAAAAAUUGAAAUGUUUGGAACCUUUAGCACAGCUUUGCUUUGGUGAAGGACACAUGUCUUCUAGUUCUGCCUUUUUAAGUUUUUGUUCAUGAUGGAUAUGAACAUGAUUUUUCUUUGUGUACAAAAACUACAAUAAAGUCAAUUAAGACAAUUCUGACUACAAAUUUUGAUAUAAUAGGAGAAAUGGGUAAUACAUUUUGAUUCUUAGAUACUAUUCCAUUUUUAUCUUGCUGUUCAGUAUUUUAACUCACUGUGUUUUUAAAAGAGCAAAAAAGGGAGGAUCAUGGAAAACUGGGAAUCACAAAUAAGUUCAUCUUGAACCUUGAUACUCCCCUCCCCUCCCCCAAGGUGGACCACAUUUGAAGUCAGCAGAAAAAAAGUGUGAUAUUGAGAAGAAAUGCAUGAUUUUGGAGUCGCUUUGGAGGAAAUACUUUCUCUGUGCCUAAAGAAACUGAAGCCAGACUGAUAAAAGAAAUUUUGCAACCUAAAUAAGGAACAGCAUUGUCUGACUUACUUGAGCAAAUAUUGGUGAUCCAGAUUAAGACAUAUUUUUAAAACUUUAAAAAGUAUUGAUUAUUAAAACUGUAGUAAAUUACAUUUCAUUUUGGGGGGAAAUUUCCAAGUAUGGUGUUUGUAUUAAAGUCAGACAGUCAUACUUAUGCUUUUACAUGAAGUUUAAAUGAUAUACAUUGUAAAUAUUGAAUACAGUGUUUAAAAAGCAUGCUUCAA